CUGCUAGGAACCACUGAAAGAGUGAAUUGCAAAUUUUCAACAGAGUAAGUCAUUCAGUUUUGCCUAGAAAGAGCUGUGUGAGUCAGUCAGUGAUUAUAUUCAGUCAUGGAAAUGGAGGUCGAAUCUAUCGACGACAAGGAAGAAAUUAGACACAAAAAACUGGGGUUUCGUCCCCAGAAGGAAUUGAUAUUUAACAAGUUUCUUCCUUACUCGGAUGGAAUCGACGAGGAAUCCCAAUCAUUCCUUAUUGAAAUCAAAUUGAAUUUGUCCAGAGCAGUCUUAUUUCGUGAAUUGAGGCCAGGAGUUGUGACAUGGACUGGUAGGCUGAUUCGUUACAUUAAUUUGUAUGGGCUCAAGUUUAGUAAAGAAGAUCACAUCAAGUUCAUCAAGCUCUAUUAUGAUCUCAUCAUUAUGCCUGGAUUGGAAGCCUCCAUGAUUUCUCUGUUUGCCAGCACUUUAAGUAGUUUGCUAAAGAAGCAAUACUUGAUCAGUCCAGCAGAGCUCCAGCUUCCAUGGAAACCCCUUUACAAAUUAAUGAAGACAAUUCUUGACUCCCCGUAUGAAGAUGUUGGCCUGUAUUUUAUUCCGGCUUCCAUGGAUUCAGUAUUGAGAACUGUAGUGAAGCUGUGCCGUGAUUACUUCCAUAUUGGAGCAACAGAAGAAAUGUUGGCAGAAUGGAGACCUCUGCUUUGUCCCUUUGACAUGACAAUGCCCAUGGGUGUUAGCUUACUUGCAGCUUUCUUACCAACUAAAAUUGAGCCCAAGAACCAUCAGCAGGGUCAUCUUCUCUGGUUUGAUGAGUUUAUGGGUCUUUGGAAGAUGUGCCACAACAAACCAAGCUGGGAAUUUGAUUUUUUGCUCCUGUUCUCCCGGCUUGCAGAUAACAAUAUUGGCUAUAUUAACUGGGAGCCUGUGAUGCCAUUGAUGUUCUCCAAAAUUCUGAAUAAUUUUGGUUUACCAGUUGGUUACAGGCAUCAGAGAGGACAAAUUGGUCACAAAUUUGAUCUUGGAGCAGUUGUUACAUGGAUUGUUGCCUCACUUGGAGGUGGUAGCAAUUGCCAAGAUCAUUUAGAUGCAUUAUUUAAAGCUAUCAACAGUUACUACCAUCCAUCCAAUGUUGGUACGUGGCACACGAAACUCAACGAUUUUUUGCGCCGUCUGCCUGCAGCUUUUGUAAAACGACUUCAUCGAGAGCGUUCCAACAAGAAAAGUUGGUUAACUCCAACUCCGGAAAAUGCAAAACUGACAGAAACAGACAUCACUCGUUUCGUAGAAAGCGUUCUUCCAGUGGCCUUACUCGCAAUGUUUUCGCGGGCUGGAGCAUAUGAAGCUAGUAUCGCCUUUCAUCAACUGGCUCAGUUGAGACCAGAAUUAGUAAUUCCUCCUAUUCUCGAAAGACUCUAUUCGGCAUUGGAUACAGUUACUGAACCACAUCGAUUGACGGCAGCCUUGCAAUGCCUAGUUUCUGUGAUUCGACCCUUAGUUAGCGGGGGUGAAGCUUAUCCAGAAGGACCCUCCCACGUCCUCCCACUUUUGAUGGCUUGUCUUCCGGCCAUUGAUCCUAAUGAUAUCCGUAAAACUUUGGUCACUUUUCAAUUAGUAACAUCCAUCGCUACCUUAGUGCCUUUCACCGACUGCUCGGAUGCCAUAGCACAACGUUCGGAUUUGACAGAGGAAGAAGAGAAAGUUUGUUCGGCCACUGCUGGAUUUGAGGACUUUUUUCUGCAGUUUAUCGACCGCUGUUUCAAUUUAGUGGAAAGCAGUUCUCUCGAACAAACUCGCUUAGACAAGGCAAAAAAUGUCGAGAAAAUGACACGAGAAGAAUCUUUACUGGAAGUUGGUCUUUCGUCUACUAUAGCCUCGCUUUCCAUGCAAUGCUCGGCGGAUAUUUUCGAUGUUGCCUUGAAAAAGUUGUAUUCAUUUGUCGGCGGUCGUGCCUUCGAACCACAUGUCGCAGGGAAGUUUGCAGCUCACGUCGUUAGCUCAGUUGCAAAAGUUAAUGCGGCUAAGGUGCUGCAGAUAUUUUUGCCCAAUCUACUACUGUCUUUGGGUAACGCCUUGGCUUCCGAUGAUGUUCUCGAAGAAGAACGUCUAGAAGACGAACUCAUGUUCAACUUACUUCUGUUAUCUGAAUUGAUGCGAUGUCCCGGAAAUUUUUUGCUUCCAUUUGCUGAACAAUUAAUUCAUGUGCUGGAUCGUGCGUUGUUGCUUAAAGCUCGAGAAGCCUAUUUAUCUUCUGGUGCCGUGCUCAAUAACUUGUUGAAAAGCUUGACAACAAUUUAUCCAACGGAUUUCCGUAGCAUCGCUGAAGCGUAUGAUCGGUCCUUGGCGGAAUAUUUACCCAUUCGUGACUGGGGCAAGCCUGGAGAUCUCAACAAUCUUCAGAUCAAGUGGCAUUUCCCAAGCAAAGAAGAGCGUUUAUUAGCAGAGAAACUUCUGCGAAGAUAUUUAGAAACAAACCUGAACAAACUUGAUGAGCAUGUGGAUCAAAUCAAUACACUCUCCAGAGAAGCUCUUCAACGGACGCUUAGCCACACACUAGACUGUAUUUUAGGUGCUGGAGCAGUUCUUCCCCCGUGGCAAGAAGAGCCUAUUUCAAUGGCAGAAUCAAGAGUGAAAUUGACUCUCCCUCUUCAGUUUUCCCAUGCUGAUGCAGAAAAUUGGCAGAUAUCUUUUUCAAAUGGCAAACAUAUUCGAUUAACUGUCGCCCAAACGCUAUUCCGAGUUGUACGUCAUCUUCUCUCCACUGGAUCGGAUGAUACGUUUGCACUUUUCGGUACCAUUUCCAUAUGCCAGAUGCUUCUGUUCCAUUAUGGUGUCUUGAAAGAGGAUUUCGAAACCCACCAAAAGAAUUUUCAAAUGGUGAAAAGAGUACUCGGCAGCAAUUUGAUUGGUCGCAAAGCGGACAUCCGAGCUCUGAUGAUAGACCGCAUCCAACUUCAACACGAACUCAGAGUGCUGGAAAGUGCAUUCACGCUGAGCGUAGUAACUCCAACGAUGCGCAUGAUUCUCAAAGAUCUUGUCCAGCUGGCUACUUCCCAGUAUUCAGAAGUGCGUAGUCGAGCACAAGGGGUUCUCAGUUAUUUACAACGCCAAUCUCCUAAAGCGUACCAGAUUAUAAUGGAAGAUCUAUUGAAUGGUCUAAAAUCUGAUGCAUCACAUGAACAACUUAAAGGCACGCUUUAUAUUCUUGCGGAGCACUCAUCAAAACAAAGGUCAUUGUUGGUGAUGCACAAUUGGAGCGUUGUUGGAGAACUGUGGGUUGCAGUCACCCGCAUUGUGCCAUCAGAAAAACCUUCCAUUAUUCAACUGUUGACCGCCAUUUCUACAUUGCUAUACCGCACGAUUGAAACUACAUCAAUCCACUUGACAUUUACAGAAGAAUGUCUAUCAUCUGCUCAAAUGAUAACUGAUGCAUCACUUGAAAAUCAAGAAUUGGAACAAUCCGCUCAAAAUGAGAAAGAUUGGGGACAAAAAAAUGAAGAAAUGUAUUAUCAACUACUUGAUUCUCUUGUUGGGAUUCUCGUCAGUGGUUCUCUUCAUUGGCGAAUGUACAAUCUGGCAUUCAAUAUGCUCUGCCUGCAGUUACGUGCUGACCUCCCUGCACCCACUAAAGUGGUCCGUGUGUUCAUCCAAAAUCUCCUUCACGACGCUAUUGCCGUGCGCAAAAUUGCUAUCAAAGGAACUGCAGCUAUUUGCAAACAGCAGAAAAGGAAGCACAAAAAAAUUGUUGUAAAUCCUGCAGAUAUAGCUCGUCGGUUCAGUCCGCCGCAUAUAAAAGAAUCCCCUAAAACUGGCCCAGGAGACCAGUGGGACAAUAGUUGGUUGCAGUAUCAAGGAGAAAAGCUUCCAAAGACGGUUGAAGAAUGGAAUCAACCUCGGUUCGUCCAUAAAACGCACGUUGGAUUUUAUACAUGGCCGAAGGUCAUGGAAGUCUAUGCCCCAGAAGAUCAACAACCACCUUUACCAGACAAAAGCAACAUCGAAUCACUUACUCCGGAGGAGAAGGAGAUCGCCGUUUUUUUCGACAGUGAAUCAAACAUUGAAAAAUUUGUUCAUUUCUUGUCUCUCGAGGAUAGAAAGGGAAAGGAUAAAUUUGGCGCCACUAGAUUUUCAUUCUUCAAAGGACUCUUCCGAAACUUUGGAGAUUUGUUUCUGGGUCAUUUUAUUCCACAUCUGGAGCGUCUAGUGCGCGAUCAACAUGAAGCAUCCCAACGUUGUGCGGCAGAAAUCAUAGCAGGCUUGAUUCGUGGGUCGAAGCAUUGGCCUUUUGCUAAAACAGAGGCGAUGUGGAACGUUCUUUGUCCUAUUUUGAGAACGGCUUUUAGUAAUGUCAACGUCGAAAGCAUCAGUGACUGGGGAACAGCGAUCGCGACGGCUUCAGAAUCCAGAGAUCCCAAUCGUAUUGGAUGGUUGAUGGAGCUCAUUUUAGAAGAUCGCCUAGAACAGGGAUCCUUUACCGAUUCAAGCAGAUUGUACAUGCUCCAAGGUGGCAUCUCCCAACAGGAAUGGAGGGUUUCGGAACUUCUGUUUCGCCUUUUGAAUCUUCUACGGCCUUACCUGAACCAUCCUUAUCAGAAUAUGCGCGAUCGUUUGGGUAGCGUUCUGACCAACAUAUUCCUCCACGAUAUCGACCUUCCUGGAGGGUCUGUCAGUUCGUCUCCUCGUGUCAAAGAUUUCGUUGAUGAAAUUUUGCCUCAGCUGUCUCUUCUAUUGGAUAAUGGCAAUCGUGACUCUCCAAUCGACUGGAAUACUAUCAAGGGCGAUGAAGAACGCAACAAAUCUCUUCGCCUAUUAAAAACUGUGAGUCAAUGGUUGUCCGGAAUGUGGACACGCAGCUAUGGGUGCCAACCGGAAGCUCAAUUGCUGUUACUUCCCUAUCUGUUUGCGGCUGAAAGUAGUGAUACUGAUAAAGAAUUGGCUCGUGAAUGCUCUCUUGCUUUGUGCUUCAUUUCCGCCACUGUAAUGAGUCCUUCGACCAUUGCAGUUGCAUUGAAAACUAUCGACGAAGUUGCACAUCACGGAUCCUGGAAGGCUAGAAUUGCUUCCCUAGAAUUUCUUCAAGUGUUCACCUUCAAUAAUUUAUUUAAUGUCACUCAUAUUUCGGAUGGAGUGGAUCGUGUUGCAUCGUUGGUUAUGUUUCUCCUAGCUGAUGAACGGUUGGAAGUUCGGGAGAAAGCUGCGCAGGUACUCGGAGGUUUGCUUCACUGUGAUUUCCUUGAUCGUGAAAAGAGCCAGAAGUUGCUUGAUCAGUUCCAGAAACAAGUAUCGCGCAAAUUUCCAAGAAACAUGCGGACUUCCGUGUUGCAGGAUGUCGACAUGGCGUUGAUUGUCAAAAGACAUGCUGGAGUCUUGGGACUAUGUGCUUUUGUUGACGCUUUUCCCUACGAUGUUCCCGACUUUUUACCCGAUAUCUUGGUUCAACUCGGAAAUCAUUUGAAUGACCCUCAGCCAAUUCCAGUGACGAUCAAGAAAACGCUCUCAAAUUUCCGUCGUACUCAUCAUGAUAAUUGGCAAUUCCACAAGCAAAAGUUUUCCGAUGAUCAACUUGUUACUUUGACAGACUUGCUCGUUUCGCCAAACUAUUAUGCGUGAAUACUGUCGAAAUUUCGUUAUGUCAUUUAGAUCUUUUUUGAAGGUACGCAUUUGUUUGAUUAAUUUGAAUCGAUUUUUCUUGAUUGAGUGAAAUUUUAGUUUAUUGAAGGCAUGUUUUUUUUCCAAUGGGUAAAUUUGAAUGGUAAGUUGGAUAUUUUGAAUGGAGGUUUUAAGUGAUUUAACCGUUUAAUUGAUGUUUACUACCAAAAGGAUUCAAAACAACAUAGAAAAAAAUACACAAUUUAUGGGAUAA